UUCAUUCUCAUCACCAACAAACCACCCAGAGCAACUGCCCACCAUGGACGCCCUCCGCUCGGCCCUGCAGCCAAUCACCCACAACCUCCCCAAACCCAUCGUCGAUGUCGGUCAAUCCCUCCUCGGCCCCGUGUGCUACAAAACGCUCCUCCACGACAUUGACAUCUCAUCGACCGAGUGCGUCAAGCUCGCUGUCAGCAAGGGCCUCGGCAUCGGCAUAAUCGGCGCAUCCUCCGUCGUCAAAGUACCGCAAUUGCUCAAGCUCUUGAACUCGCAGUCAGCCGGCGGGCUCUCUUUCCUCUCGUACCUCCUCGAGUCCAGCUCGUACCUCAUCUCGCUGGGUUACAACGUCCGCCAUGGCUUCCCGUUUAGCACGUACGGCGAGACGGCGCUCAUCCUCGUGCAGAACAUUGCGAUUGCGAGUCUAGUGCUGAAGUACCAGGGGCGUGGGGCAGCGAUUGCGGCGUGGGUGGGCGGGCUGGCAGUUGCGGGAGCCGCCAUAUUCAAUGAGAAUGUGGUGGAUGAGCAGAGACUGAGUUUGUUGCAGGCGACGGCUGGUGUGCUGGGCGUGGCAAGCAAGGUCCCGCAGAUUCUGACGAUUUGGAGUGAGGGUGGGACGGGGCAGUUGAGCGCGUUUGCUGUCAUCAACUACCUCCUCGGCUCCCUCUCCCGCAUCUUUACCACCCUGCAGGAAGUCCCUGACCCGCUCAUCCUUUACGGAUACAUUGCCGGCUUCGCCCUCAACGCUAUUCUCUUCCUGCAGGUGCUGUGGUACUGGAAUGCCCCGGCUUCCAAGAACACCGACUCCAAGAAGCUACACACGAGCAAGCCGGUCGCGGGUGACAAGAAAGAGAUGGCGCAAGCCAUUUCCAGCGGAUCUAUACCCUCAUACGCGAAUACCGCUGGAAAGACGCCUAGUACGAGGCGAAGGGGAUAGGUUGGCUACCUAGUAGUUCUG